CUGCAGGGACCACACAUCGCAUCAGUCACCCUGGCAGCCUAUGAAUGCGGCUCUGUGGAUUUCCCAGAGCCUCCCUAUCCGGACCAAAUCGUGUGUCCCCAACAGGAAGUCACAGCAACUAGCUUAGAUCCAGAGCAGGUGGGCGUGGAGGCUGUGGGGGUGGAAGGGGCGAUGGGAUCAGCGGCCCUUCAGGGGAGUGUCUCCGUUUGGACCAUCAUUUCUAAAGUCCGCCUGGAAGCCUGUAUGUGGGGUGCCGGUACAGCCAUAGGAGAACUCCCUCCCUACUUCAUGGCACGAGCAGCACGGCUGUCAGGUGUUGAUCCUGAUGACGAGGAGUACCAAAGGUUUGAAGAGAUGCUUGACCAGACUGAAGCCUCACAGGACUUUGCGUCGCGGGCCAAAGCGGCCGUUCAGAGCCUCAUCCAGAAGGUUGGAUUCUUUGGGAUUUUAGCUUGUGCUUCUAUUCCAAACCCGCUGUUCGACCUGGCAGGAAUAACAUGCGGACAUUUUUUAGUUCCAUUCUGGACUUUUUUUGGUGCAACACUCAUCGGAAAGGCCGUCAUUAAGAUGCACAUUCAGAAGCUGUUUGUGAUCGUCACCUUCAGCAGACACAUCGUGGAGCAGAUCGUCUCCCUCUUCGGGGCUGUUCCAGUCCUGGGUGCGGCACUGCAGAAGCCUCUUAGGGAGUACUUGGAGGCCCAGAAGGCCAAGCUGCACCACCUCGCCGGAGAGGGGGUCCCAACCGAGGAGAGCUGGCUGUCGUGGCUCUUUGAGAAAGUUGUGGUCAUCAUGGUAUGCUUCUUUGUCUGCUCCAUCGUCAACUCCAUGGCGCAGAGCUACGCCAAGCGCAGGCAGCAGGAGAAGUACUUGCAGAAGAAGACGAAGUGAAGCCCAAACUUCAAAGCCUCCCGGCUUCUCCAAGCUUCCACCACUCUUUUACUGCUCCUCUUACUGAUACCUGCUGUUGACUGAAGCUAACCGGGCUUCCUCCCUGCUUCUCUUGAUUUGCUCAUCGUGGGUUUGCAUUUGGUAGUGAUUUUUGCAUGUUUUUUUCCCCUAAGGUAGGUGUUUCCUGGUCUGUGUGCUUAAGUGGCUCAUCUUGUGUCCAUGUUGGUAAUUAUAGCAUAAUCAGAGCAGCCUUAUGCUUCACUGAUUAUUCCAGAACAUUAUUUUGUAUCCAUGGGGCCAGAAAUUAAGUUUAUCCCAGUAGGAUUUGCAUAAUCAACAGUGUAUUUAUUAACGAUCUGGGCUGAUAAAGUCGUCAGUAUUUUUAAAGCACUGUAGCUCAGUGUUGGUUAGAUAACACAUGUAAGCAAGACUGUAAUUCAUUGUGUGUCCGCUUUAGUGUUGCUAGGGUCUUAGUGAAUGCUCGGUACUGUACACGGGGCUUUAAGAAGACCGCGCUUUUGCGCACUGUGAAGCUCGUCAUUCUUCUUUUUGAAUGAGAAAUGAUAAGUCAGCCAUGAAUCCCCCUGCUGGUCUCUUUGUCUGCCCUCAUUGUUCUGCUUCCAGGAAGAGAGCGCAUGAGUCAGCCUGGGGCUACUUUACCAGAUGCAGUCAUAUAUUGAAUCAGUUCUACAACUGCUGGAGAGGGAGGCAGAGGUAGCGGAUUGUGUUAGCGUGGCUACCACAUUUGCAGUUUGCUCUUUUCAGGAUUAAAGCAGAUUGGGAUCCAUUAAUAGACGGGUGCCUGCUGGUCACGGUGUUUAAGAAAGGGUUUCUUUGUCUUUACAUGGAUUUCUUUUACUCUGGAUGGAAGGAAGCUCCUGACUGACUUAUGCUCCUGUGUAAAUCUAUGGCAGUGGAUUUUUUUUUUAGGUGUUUGUGUAAAAUGUCAGCUUGGUCUUUUCUGAUAAUUGUCGGUGGAAUCGGUUGUUUUCCUCUCCCGUGUGUACCGCUGCCGUGCUACGCUGGACUGAGAGCUGUGGGGCUAGAGCGGGAAUCAGCAGCAGGGGGAAAAAAAACACUCCAGCUCAGUGAAAAGCGUCUGUGCUGUUACCUCAGCUGAACCUUCGAAUGAACUCGUUGCACUGCCUGAGUCGCGGAGCCAGGAGACGAAUCACUCGAGUAGAUUCAAAACAGAGGGAUACUGUUGAGCGGACUGAACCCUGUGCUCUGCACCAGCGCUAGUCUAGAACAUUCACCUCUCCUCUUUUGUCGUGUGACGGUAAGUAGGAUUAGUAGCCUUUACCUCUUUAGAUUUUCCUUUAUCCAUUGUUGUUGCAUCUGAACAUGCACAUGUCUCAGGUUUGUCCGUCACUCUCCCGGCCUGUCAGAUAGCUUAUCAGACUGGUGUUGGCUGUUAAGAUUGCAAGGCGACAACAGUCUGUAGGCUGUCUGACAUUUCGGGCUCUUUCAUCUGACCAGCAUCCUGUUUUGUCCUCCUUCUGUUUGUGUCAUUGUUUCAGUUAGCAUCAGUUCCCAUUCAGAGGUGUGUUCUGCGAUGUCACUUCCCUUUAUCCCAACCGCUUGUGAAACACCAGAGAUGUGGGUCUGUUGUUUAUUUCCACCAUGCUUACGUCUGUAAGGGCUUUAUGUGGUUUUAUGAGGAACUUUGUUUUCGCAUGUUUGCAAAUGCAGAUGAAGUGAUGUCAGACUUGUACUUUUCUACAUGACUGUGUGUGUGUGAGCUGGCUGUGUCCUCUUGAAUUUCCAGAGAAUGCAGACCAUGUACACCUUGUUGCAACAUAUCUUAUUGUGACACCCUGUCCGAGGUAUAGUACACAAAGUCCUCAACCAGUUUCCCCUCUUCCCUUUUACACUUCCCUCUUUUGUUGUGCUUUCUUUUAUUGCUCAAUCCUUUUUUUAAGAACCUGCAUUUCUUUGGAACAGCUCUGCUGACUUUGUCUUUUUAUUGAGCUGUUAUGCAAUUGAGCAGUCGGCACAAAUACGUUUUUUUCAUGAUUAUGAUGAAAUUGUAAACUACAGCUAGAGAGUAGUUUUUUUUUUAAUUCUUGAAGGAAAAUUACUGGAUAACACUGGAAUGGCUCACUGGCAUUGGGAAUGUUUUUCUUGGCAGUUUCAGGAUGUCCUGUUCCAUAAGACAGCCCCGUUUAGACGCCUUUCUCCCCAUGUUUAUCUAAAAAAACCUUCAUAUUUCUGGGUUUGUAGUUCUGUAGCUUCCUCAACAGAUGUAUUCCAAUGUGUUUAAAUUGCAUUUGCAAUGUAUUUUUUUCCUCUGAUGUAAGCUUUAAUAAAGUGUGUUAAAAAGAA